GUACCUUGAGUACCUAAGUGUCUGUACCUAGGCCUACUUUGCAUUUCGCUCUUUAACACGUUAACCGCCAGCAUGCAAUAUUGGAAUUUACCCCUAGCGCCAAGACUUCUAGGCGCCAAAAUAUCUCAGUAGGUCAGGAACAGCUGCAAGGGAAGGUGUUACAGCAUACAGCCCAGAGCUCCUGCAGCUUGACACGUCAGGACGAUGCCUGGUGGUCGGCGCAGCGCUUACUUGCGGUCGGCAGCCACUCGACAGGCUACUGAUGCUGAGUGUAAAAAGACCUACGACGAUGGUUGCUCGGCGGCGGCCGCCAUCCGCCACCCGCCGCUACCCGACAUCCCGCGGCUGUCAGUGUUCGCCUUCGAGAGCCUCAUGUGCCUGCUGAGUCUUCUGGUGCUGGGGGGCCACUACCUCAACAUCUACCGCACGGUCUUCUGGCUCCCGCACUCACACACACGAUAUGUCGUGAACCUGUACCUGAUAGAGCCCCGAGUGGUGAUCUUCAUAGUGGUGAGCGUGAGCAGACGUCUGGUGUGGUGUGUGGUGAAGAGCCUCAUCACGUCAUGCCUGCACCACACCCUCUGGAGAACUGCUGUGCCUAUAGCCAGAGCGGUGGUGGUGAUGGUGCUGGCAACGGUGAUGGUGUAUUGCCUCUCUACCAUCACGGACGCUCUUACCUACAUCAAAGUUGUGGCUCUUGUAUACCCGUUCGUCUUGUAUUUCUUCAUAUUUGACUUAGAGCUGACUUCAUUUCUGGAGCUGAUCCCCGUGGUGCAGCCCUCCAAAGACCAGGAAUGUGGAGGCGGGCGCUUGGUGCAGCACUCGUGCCUGAACAGCAGCGAGGGCGCGCGCCACGAGGCAGAGCUGCUGUCGUCGCACUGCUACAGGCGCCUCACGCAGGUCGUCUACCAGACCCUCGUCACCGUCUACUACACCACACUUAUACCAUGCUUCUUUGUACCUAACACCCUUCACUACGACGCUGGGUGGCUGACGCUGCACACGCUCUUCGUGGUGCUCACAUGCUUCGUAUGGCAUCUCAUCUACUGCUUCCCGGCCAGGUUUUGUGACGUGGUACACAGAUCGGUGCAACACCUCGGACACUGGCGACGUGUUAGUCCCGUGUGCACCACCAGUGCACCGCUGUGGCAGAGCAGUGCAGUGUACGGUGCUGGUGCAGUGGUGCAAUACGGCCGUCAGGUAUACAGAGCUGAAGCCGCUGCUAAUUCUGCCGAGCCUGGCAAUUCUGCGCAUGCGCGACUUCAUGGGGUGUUCGACAAAGUGUACGUCGUGAUACUGAACAUGUUGCUGCUGUGCUUCGUGAGCUGCAUGGCGUACGUGAUGUACUUGUGUUCCUUGUAUCAGUGGCAGCAGAUACUGGCCACUUCUGUAAUACUUGCUGCACACUUCGGGGCACUUUAUAUCCUGCUGCGAGAUUACAUUGUGCUCAGAGCUUUGUACAAACAGGAGUCCUGAAGUCUCUUAUAAUGUGUUUUUUUUUCCGUCUUUUCACGGUGUGUUUUUCGUCUUUUCGCGGUGUGAUUGUUGGCAUUUGCUGGCUUCUACGAUUGUGCGUAUAGACCGCCAUAAAAUAAUUACGAAGAAUCUUAAAUUCUGCUAAUUAGCUCAAUAAUGUUUCAAAAAAUCCAUACCGUCUUCUCCAUCUCUCCGAGGUAAUUUAUCUCAAUUUUAACUGCAUAUUUUCGUUUUUAAACCAGCAAUUUUUGCAGCUAUUCACUUUUGUUGUAUAUUUUGUUACGUUAUUCAUAAAUUCGAAUUUUUAGGAGCUCUCUUGAAACUGAAAGAGUACAUAAACUAGUCUCUGUAACUUCUCUGAGUUUAACUAAGUUCUAUGAACAAAACAAUAUUAAUAAUUUACGAUAUGUAGUCACCGAAAGUUGCUGUGAUAUUCAUUCGUUCUAUUUUUUUGUAUAUGCUUAUGUUGCCUUCCUUGAGCCAAUUGUUGUCGGAACGGAUCUUUUUACAAUUCAUUGAUCUUGCUUGUUUUGGAUAAAAUAGCGAUCACAGUAGAACUUAUCAUGUUAUAUUAGAAAACCUAAUCAUCUUGUUACGGUUUCAAGUUAAAUCCAAGAUGGGGUCUGAGUUUAGGACCGGAGAGCUCAUUUCAUAUCGGAAAGGUGAUUGGAUGACUUCUUUACUUUGGAUUAUUUCUUUGCUCUUCACUAGCGACACCUACCGUUUCAGAUAUUUCUUCAGGCUUUAUUUUAAUUUAAUGUAUGAUGCAUUUAACCAUUACCGCCAGCUGCACGGUAGGUUCUCAUUCCUAAUCUAUAUUUUAUCGUAGAUCUAUUUUAUAUCCCCACUUUCUAUUCUUCUGUCUGGAGGCCUCAUAUGUAGAUUUUCCCAUCGUCGUUUCGAAAUUCGUUAUCUAGUCAUUUGUGCAGCAACCUAAACCUUGUAGUUGAGUUUGCAAACUCCCAAUUUUUUGUUUAAUUGUACUAACCUCGUAGAAGUAAUUAAUACUGUAAACAGGAA